AGUGUUUCUCUUUCUCCUUUUAUUCCUUUCAUAGCCAUUUUGUGUUGUGUUCUUUUUUGACACUUCACAUUUCACCAAUUUUGUGAUCAUCAUCUUUAUAGAUACAUAAAUAAAUAACCCUUUAGUUAGUUGCAAAUGGAAAUGGCAAUGACAGUGCCUUUUAGUUUAAGGAAUAAGCUUAAGACUCUUUGUGCUUAUGGUGAUGGUUGGUCUUAUGCCAUUUUUUGGCGUUUUCUUGAGAAGAAUCCUCCUAUGUUGUUGAAUGUGGAAGAAGCAUACUAUGAAGAACAAUUAGGAGAAGGGAUUCAAAACAUGAUUCCACAAGUGCAUUUUUUGGGUGAAGGAAUUGUUGGUGAAGCUGCUUUCACAAAAAAGCACAAUUGGUUGCAUUCAGUUAGUUGUGAGGUUGAUUCUGGAUUGUAUCAACAAUUCUCCUCUGGUAUAAUAAAGACAAUUGUGGUUAUACCUGUCAAAGCGUGCGGAGUGGUACAGUUUGGAUCCAGAAAUACGAUUUUGGAGACAAAUGACUUUUUGGAUCAAACACGAAGUUUACUCAAGGAGAUAGACGAUAUCGGCAUGAUAGGCGACUCAGAAAAUGACGUUUUUCCAUUGGAUUUUACAAAUGAUGAUCUCGAUGGAUUGUUAGCUUCAAUUUCCUCAGAAAAUUCAUGUGAUUGGAAUCUCAAAUAUUUGCACGAUGAAAACCGUAACGAUCUGAGAGAAGUUUUUCCUUCUUGUGAAGAAAGGAUAACUUCACCAGAAUUCGAUUCCUCGUCACUUAGUGACCAAUUGAAAUGUACCAUAAAAGCUUUUUUGGAGCCUAACUCUUCUAUGGACAACUUGAUUUCCCAAAAUACCCCCCUUUUCGAUGAAAAUCUUUGUUUCGAUUCAUUGGAGCAACUAUUUGCAUCCGAAACAAUAGCACAGGAAGUGUGCACUUCAUUUGCUAGCAGCAUAGUUCAUGAUUCAUCGUUGACCUCAUUGCAAAAUUCAAUGGAUAAUGUUGUGACAGAAGUUGAUUUACCAGCAAGUUCUAGUACACUCAAUGGAAUCUCUAGUAGCUUAGAGCCGAUCGAUAUGUCAGCAGAAAUUUUGAAGUUCAGUUCUAUGGAUGAUCUUUGUCAAUGCUUUGCUCCUUCACAGAAAGCUACCAGUAGCUGCAGAACAAUGAUUCAAUUGAAUAAUAACGUUUCUGAAAGGAUAAAAUUUAUUCCUACUUGUUCUGAUCUAGGCCUACCCGAGAAAGAAACAUCGGUAGUAAUACAUAGUUCCGAGAAUGAUUUCUUGGAUAACAUGGAAUUUAAUUUAGGAUGUGAUCAAGGUAGUGAAUGGUGGGUGAAUUUACUUACACCACUGGUGAGUGCGGCUACUGAUAAUACCGGCUUUUCUGAAUGCAUAUCAGAGUGGAAUACUAGUACACCGACCGAUAAUACUCGGAAGAGGCUAUUCUCAGAAUUAGGAAUUGAAGAGCUUUUGAGAGAUGAAACAAAUUACAUCAAUCCUUUUAAUAGUUCUAGUUUUGAGAAUGAGUUAUCAUCAUCAAAUAAGAAGCAUAUGGUGGAAUUUUCACCUAUGAAUAUAACUUCAUCACAUUUCGGAAACCUUGCCGGAGCUGAAACUAGAGCAAACUUGAUUCAUUCGGGUUCGGAAUUGGACAAGUCCAAUAGUGUUUUAACGAUGAAAGAUACAUUCCCGAAAUUACAAGUAGGGGUGUUGGUUAAUGAUCGAAAUAGCAUCAAUAUCGAGAGUGCUGUUCCGGUACACCCUAGAAGAUCAGAAGAGCCUACGAAACCCACAAAGAAGAAGGCUAAGCCGGGGGAAAGUACUCGACCGCGACCAAAAGAUCGGCAACAGAUCCAAGACUGUAUUAAAGAGUUGAGAGGAAUCAUCCCUCAUGGCGGAAAGUGUAGCAUUGAUUCUUUGUUAGACCGAACGAUCAGAUACAUGCUUUUCUUACGCGGCAUCAUUAAAUAUGCAGACAUACUACAAGAGCCUAAUGAGCCUAAGCUUAUUGACCAAGAAAAUGAAGUGAUUCCAAAAGACAAAAACCAUGGUGCUACAUGGGCAUUUGAAGUAGCAAACCAAACAAUGGUUUGUCCGAUUAUAGUUGAAGACAUGAAUCCACCUGGCCAAAUGCUUAUAGAGAUGCUUUGUGAGGAUCAAGGUUUCUUCCUUGAAAUAGUCGACAUAAUUCGAGGUUUUGGGCUGAAUAUUUUGAAAGCAAAGAUGGAUUUAAGGAAGAAUAAGCUAUGGGCGCGUUUUAUAGUUGAGACAAAUAGACAUGUUACAAGGAUAGAUGUGUUUUGGUCACUUAUCAAUCUUCUACAACAACCGAACACUGCCGGAAUUGAUUCUUCUAAUAAGCAUGGCAAUAUUAUUCCUUCCAACAUUGCUUAACCGUGGCGAUUAAGAUGCACUGAAGUAAUUUCGGAACUACAUUAAGCACAUAAUGUUUUGGAAAUAUAAUAUAUGGAAAAGAAGAGAAUUAGCAUCACAUUUCUGCAGAUUCUGGAAACAUAAUCUGUUUGUACAUAGAUUAGUACACACUAAGCAAAUAACUUAAGUGAUAAACAGUGAGCAUAUCCACACAUAGAUUAGCUAUGUUUGAAGAAGCUUUUACAUAUUCAAGAAUUUAUUGUUAGAUUCUUGUGUCCAUAAGGAUAUGACAAAUAAAUUAGUUGGUUUGUUAUCUCAAUUCUGAAGUGGCUAAUAUAAUUAAUUUCAUCAGCAU